UAGCGAAUCGUCUUCUAAUUGCACGUGAUUCGAAAAUAGGAUAUGACGUAAUACGGAUCGGUGUUAAAGCGUCUAUGCAUCCAGACGUUCAGAAGAUUUCUCUUGACAAACUUUCGGAAAAUAAACAACGUGCUGAUGCUGCUACACGAAUUUCCCCAGAAAGUGGCAAACUUCAGACUUUGUCUGAAAAAUUGAAAAGUCUUCGACAAGAAAUGGAUAAUUUAAUAACUUUACUUCGUACUCCUUCCAAGAUUUUUAUUGUUUUAUUUUCAUUUAUUAAGGCUAGUCUACUUUAAUAAUGUUUUUCAUCAUUUUUUGCAUAGAUGGGACUUUUGGAUGAAGCCGAGAAGAAAAUGCAUGGUAGUAGGUUAGAGGAAAUGAAUGAUCAAAUUGAAGUAGUGCAAAGGUCUUACAAUGAAAGCAUAUUCCAAUAUUUCAAUUCCAAGAAAGAGCGUCUUGGAAUUAGAAGACAUUUGCUUUCUCACGCUCAAAUUAUAUGCUCUACUUUAAACUCUUGUCGGAGUAGAGAAAUGGAGGAGCUUUUUUUGGAGCACCAAGGAAGUUCUCCAUUCCUCUGUUGCAUUCUUGAUGAAGCGUCCCAAUGCACCGAGCCGGAGGCCAUAACGCCACUUGCUUUUGGCAUAACUAAGCUAAUCUUGAUUGGGGAUACAAAGCAAUUGCCAGCAACUGUUCUUUCUAAGGUUGCCCAAAAGAAAGGAUUUGCAUAGUCCCUUUUCAAUCGCUUCUGUUCAACUAGAGAUUUACGUGAUGAAAAUAAGGAUGGUGUCAUUAUGUUGACGACGCAGUACCGAAUGGCUUCAUCCAUAUGCGAGUGGCCUUCGAGGUAUUUCAACGCUGGAAAAUUAGAACUGAUGAGCAUCUUAUAAGGAACGGACCCUGUCACGAGUAUAGGUGAAUUAACCUUUUAAACUGCUUUUACUUCCCGAUUCACAUAUCUUAUCAAGUUUUGGAACCAUUUUAAAAUUGCUAAACGUUGUUGAUGGGCAAGAACUUCCUGAGGAACAAAGCUUUAUAAACCAGCAAGAGGCCGCUGUGGUGGCCAGAAUUGUGAGGUUGUUCGUGGACUCUCCUUUGACCCGUUGGAAAUCUAUUGGCGUUAUCACUUUCUAUAAAAGUCAGAAAUUAUGCAUCAUAGAUCAACUAAAAAAAGUGGGCAUCAAAUCAAAUUGCAGCGCAUCAACAGUAGAUGUGAACACCGUCGACAGUUUCCAAGGGAGAGAGAAAGAUAUAAUCGUCAUUUCAUGCGUCAGAGCAUCAUCACAGGCAGAAGAAAAUCUCGUCGGAGGUAUCGGGUUCAUCACCUCGUUAUCAAGAAUUAACGUAUCCGUAACCCGUGCCAAGGAAACGCAUGGUAAUUUGUGGGCAUUUUCUAACGUUGCAAAGGGAUGGGACCUGGCGGGAUUUGAUCAGCGAUGCUAGUAGUCGAAAUGUUGCUCACGAUGUAAGCAGGCAUUCUUCGUCUGAAGACUUACGUUCUGUACUCAUGCGUGCAGGAGCCAAUGAGUUUACUAUUGUUAAUCAAGUCGUUCAUCAGCAAAUGGUGGCAUCCUUCUCUCGACAGUCUGGGAUGGACUUAAAUUGGUCAUUGAAGUGUUUGAUGGACAGCGGGUGGGUUUACGAUAGUGCCGCCUAUCGUUUCAAUUUGCUCAAAAGAACUUUCAAGAUCCCACUAGCAGCUUUCAUGAAACCUGAGCAACAGCAGCAACAAAUGAUAGCAUCCUUCUCUGAACAGUCUGGGAUGGACUCAAAUUGGUCAUUCAAAUGUUUGGAAGACUGUGGGUGGGAUUACGAUCGUGCUGCAUAUGUUUUCACUGAGCUUAAAGGAAUCUUCAAGAUUCCACUAGCAGCGUUCAUCGAACCCGAGCAACAGCGACAACAAAUAGUGGCAUUCUUCUCUGAACAGUCUGGGAUGGACUCAAAUUGGUCAUUGAAGUGUUUGAUGGACAGCGGGUGGGUUUACGAUAGUGCCGCCUAUCGUUUCAAUUUGCUCAAAAGAACUUUCAAGAUCCCACUAGCAGCUUUCAUGAAACCUGAGCAACAGCAACAACAAAUGGUGGCAUCCUUCUCUGAACAGUCUGGAAUGGACUCAAGGUGGUCAUUCAAAUGUUUGGAAGACUGUGGGUGGGAUUACGAUCGUGCUGCAUAUGUUUUCAUUGAGUUCAAAGCUGCUGGGAAGAUUCCGCUAGAAGCGUUCGUCAAAUAGCUACUCGGUAUGUCGGUGAUAUUUCUCUUGAAUAUUCUUUUAAUUCUGCACUUUGUAAGUUUAAACAUUCAUUCUUAAUAUUUUAUAUUUCGAAAGAAAUUUCCCAGUCGUUCAUAACCAUCAAAUCUAGAAUUGAUGUAUCUUCAUCUACAAACAGUUCCCUGUUACAAAUUAAACCAGAAUACAAGACCUCUGUUUUAAAUCUGAAAGUGAUAUCUACUUUUUUUUAGAUUGCGUGCAGGCGAAUAAGCCACGGCAAGAUGUGAUCAACAAUGCUAUAGUUGUCGCGAUGCUGCGCUCAUGAUAUAACUAGUUUUUCUUCUUCUCGUGACUUAAUUU